UGUCAUUAUGCUGUUUCAUGGCUUUGCAAUUAAGGAAGUGGCCUUGCAAUUGAGACCACUACUGUCAGAGAAGCAACUUCUUGUUUUUGUUGCUGCAGGAGUUAAAUUAACAGACCUCCAGUUAUGAGGUUGGGAGCAGCUGCAAUGGAGGAAGAUGGAGAGUUAAUAGCUAAGUUGUUUGGGGCAAUUGGCAAGAUAUGGAAAGCUGAUGAGAAGCUGUUUGAUGCAAUAACUGGGCUGAGUGGCAGCGGCCCAGCAUAUAUUUACUUAGCAAUAGAGGCUUUGGCUGAUGGAGGGGUGGCAGCAGGAUUACCACGAGAACUUGCACUGGGCGUAGCUUCUCAAACUGUGAGUUAACCUGCUCUUAUUU